GUGAGACGAACGAUUUGUUCCUCAGAAAACACAGAAGCACAGAAAACGGCAGCGAGACGUGAAGACAGACGGAGCUCAUGUAGUGCAGACGGACAGACAGGUAUCAGGCGGGACAGGUAGCACAGGUGUGUUCGAGCGGUUGGUCGUGUUCGGGGUGAAGUAAAACUGGGUGUGUGAUGGAUGGAGUGUGUGAGGACGACCUCUGCUGGCUGCAGCUGGAUGACUUCAGGAUGCUGCUCAUCAAAACCAUCGAACCCUCGCGAAUCACUCCGUACCUCCGCCAGUGUCAGGUGAUCAGCGCUGAGGAUGAGGAGCAACUCUUCAACGACCCCACCCUCAUCAUCAGGAGAAGAAAAGUCGGAGCCCUGCUGGACAUCCUACAGAGGACAGGGGUCAAAGGUUACACAGCCUUCCUGGAAAGUCUUGAGCUGGAUUAUCCUCAACUGUACAGUCGCAUCACUGGGAAGGAGCCCAACAAGACCUUCAGCAUCCUCAUCGACACAGCAGGUGAAUCUGGUCUGACUCAGUUCUUGAUGUCUGAGCUCAGCCGUCUGCAGAGGGCGCUGCAGGACGAGAGGAGACGUCGCCAGCAGGCCUGCUCCGUUGCCAAGGAACAGGAGGCGUGGUCUCGGCAGCAGCAGCUGAGGGACCGCGAGCUGAAGAAGCUGACGGAGCGCGUGCAGAAGGUUCGGGAGGAGCGGGAGUGGCUGAGCAAGGAGGUGAAACAGCUCCGAGAUCACAACUACAGUCUGAUGGCUGACAUCAACACUCUGAACCAGGAGAAGAGCAACGCCCUGCUGGCCAACAGAGACCUGCAGAUAGAGGUGGAGCGUCUGAAACAUACAGUGCUGCGAGCUGAAAGCCAGACCCGACUGCUGAGACGACGAACGCUGAGACCGCUGCAGGAGAGCAGGAGUCUGGCUCUGCCCACGGAGACCUUCUUCCAUCCCAGCAGACUGGAGGAGAAAGAGGAGAAGCAGGAGGAGAAACAUGAGGAGAAGCAGAAGGAGACGCAGCAGCAGAAGGAGACGCAGCAGCAGAAGGAGAGUCCGGCUCCUCCUCAGAUGAAUCUCCUCACUACAGUGUUCAGACUGAGGAGAGACCUCCACAGAGCCGAGGAGCAGAGAGCCAGGAGUCUGGAGGAGAAGGAGGAGCUGGAGCUACGCUGCACUCAGCUGAAGGGAGACACCAGGAUGUACCGCCAACGAAACAAGCAAACCCUCCGACAGCUGGAGGAGGUGAUCAGAGAGAGAGACAAGGCUCUGUCGUCAUGGGCGGAGCAGCAGGAGGAGGCGCGGCUGCUCCUGCAGGAGAAGGAUCAGUACAGAGAGCAGGUCAGACAGCUCACAGAGCAGUCUGAUAGGCUGGAGUGCCUCCUGCUGAGGUCACAGGGGGAGGAGCUACAGCUGAGGACACGCCUCCGCAGACUCUCCUACAACACUCACCAGGGUGAGAGGAGUGUGAGCAGUGAGGAAGAGGAGGGGCACGCAGAGAACACUGCUAAAGGCAGCAGCGAGGAGGUCCGCAGCGGGACGUCGGGGGAGAACGAGGAGGUGGCAGCGCUGCAGCAGCUCAACUCUCCUCUAGGAGGAGCCACAGAGUCUGAACAGGACCCCAGCACUGCUGCAUCAUGGGAGGAGGACACACUCGGCGGUCUGACUUCCAGAAGUCGACCAAACUUCUUUUACCGCAGGAAGCGAGCCGUCAGAUCCAAGCUCUGCUGUAAGGAGUACACAGCCGGUAACCUUGACGACAGCAGCGGCAGUGACACUGACUCUGAAUGAGCCCGAAUAACUGAAAGUGAGAUGACGAAGCAGCUGCGUCUUCCUCGUCCGAGCUGUGUUCAGUGUUCAUCGUCGACGGUGUUGUCAGAUGCUUGAGUUCAGGUGGGGGGCCGGCGGCGUGAAGUGACACAGUUUGAGUCAUUUAAAGGAAAUCUGACUUUGCCUCAGCGUCUGAUGAAGAAACACACAGUACACACACAGAUCAUCAUCCAACAUUUCAUCUGUUUCUGAACUGCACUUCUGUCUGCGUUCGCCUGCGUGAGGAAGCAGAAUAAAAGCUGUUUCCUGCAGGAAGCUGGUUUAAUCCGUCUGUCUGUGGACGGCACGGCCAGCAGGACUUCCUCUUCCUCUACUUCUCUCUUCCUCCUGGAGCUGGUAUGUUUAAUGUUCAGCUGCAGCACUCAGACCUGCAGCUUUUAUUUUGAAAUAGAUUUUCUCAGCUGCUGUGGUCUGGACUGUCCUGUGUCACUCAGACAUGGUGGUAAAGAGGUGACAUGAUUUUCUAUAGCACCUCAGCGAUAAGAGCUUUUUUGUUUUACAUUCACAAUAAAAGACAAUAACUGGAACGGCGUUCUGAGUCCUGUAUGAUGCAACAUGUUGGACCGCUGCUGUCCAAACCCCCCCAGUCAGCAUUUGAGGAAUGGAGACAAAUACAUUUGCUUUCCUUCUAAACUUCUACAAUCAGCUCGAACGAAACGACGAGCCUGACGAGGGCGACAGAAACUUCAUUUCACACAAACCCAGAGAGUCAAGGAGCUGGGAGUAUGAGGUGAAGCCCACAUCUAACAAAGACCACCUGGUCCACUGAAGCACCCUCUUAGUUCUCUGUCAUGAGCUGAACAGUCAACAAGAAUCAAAGGAAUCGUCUGAGCAGCAGUUAAAGAAAUGAAAUCCAACCACGAGUCAAAUAAAGCACAGAAACACAGUAAGGAAGGUGAAAGAAGAACUACAGAACAAAAUAACUGAGCAAAUAUGUAAUAAAACGCUUUUAAAAUAAGAUCCUGUGUACAAUGACUUUAAGAAAAUAAAGAAAAAGUGUUUUGCUGAACUGAACUGAACUGAACUGUGACGCGCUCCUUCAUGGGGUGUAGAGACCCCACCCUCAGGCUGGGAACAGUUUUCACCUUGUUUCAAUCAAUCGUUGUCAAAGAAACUUUGAUUCUCCCCCCACUUUCAGAUCCAAACUGAAAACUCACCUGUUCCAGACCUUCUCUCUAUAACUCCACUCCUCCUUGUAGCUGUUUUUACUUGUUGGGUUUUAAUUAUUCUGCUUUUAUUUAUCUUGUUAUUUGUGUUUUACCCGCUCUGUGACGUGUCCUUGAGU